CUGUGUUCUUCGUCCAACAUCGCCAGCAGUGAUGUAAUGUUUUCUAUCGAGCAUAGAUUUAUAUUAUAAUACGGUCUGGAAUCACGAACACAACUGUAACCUGACAGUUGUCACUAAAUAUUCAUAGGCGAAACUUGAAGCCGUCACCCUAUCUCUUGUCCAGACGACAUUCCAGAUGUCCAGCAUGUGGGCAGACUGACCUGCGACCAUGAACACCUCCACUACACCCCUCCCACUUGAAGCCUUUGCGCUGAACCUCGUCAGAAGACUCAACAUGUCAGCAACACCUGGUCACACAACUCCAAACAGUGGUCUACCCCCCACAGAGAGCAGAGAGGAGUUCUUCCAUCACCUCACUCUGAAGGAUGAGACAGUGUUUGUGGCCCUCAUUGUCAUGGGCGUCAUCGUGCCCGCAAUCUUCAUCUCUGUCUUUGCCCUUAUUUGCAUCAGAAGACACAAGGAGAUGAAGGCCAGGAAGGCGGCGAUGUUGCUGCGGGAUGCCCAGGAUAUGGCGAUGGAGGACUACCCCUACACGAUGCGGGGUCUCACUCGCUUCUCCCACUGGAGGAUCUGAUGGAGCCCCUGAUGGAGCCCCUGACGGAGCCCCUGAUGGAGCCCCUGACAGAGCCCCUGAUGGAGCCCCUCAGCCUAGAAUGCAAUAAUGUGACACAAGCACCAUGGCAACUGGCAGUAACAACAGCUUAGUUUAUUUCCACCAUACGGGUAAAUGUAACACACGGUACACUGAGGUCACAACACUGCUGUCUGGCUCCCCAUACAUGAUCUAGAUAUACAUCUGUCAGGUGGGGUCACAGUUCAUCUGUAUUUUGGCUAACCAGACAAAAGUCAAUGAGGUCACAUGGAACAUGAACUUUGUUUAUGCAGGUAUUUCUGUGUUUUCAAGUAAAACUGUUGCUGCAAAGGGACUGGUCAUUUAUUAAAGGGAGAUGAGGAGGGGGCGGUGAGAUUGGUCUUAGGGCUGUAUCAUACUUUGCCCCUCCCCCUCAAUUUAUGUAACAUAUUUCAUGGCCCACCCAAAUUCAUUAAAGUUUUUUUUUUAAUAAAUGAACAGUCCCUAAAUAAUAUAAUUCUUUAUUUGAAAAAAAUAGAGCUAUGUCCUUUUGUCAUGGCCCCCCAUUAUAGCUGUGAUAAGUUUUGACGACGCCCCCUCUUUCGCUGUGUCAUUAUUUCAUGACACUCACCCCCACUCAAUCUCACCAGCCCCCAGCCCCUGUAAUAAAUCACCAGUCCCUAACAACUGUCUA